AUGGCUGCGACCGCCCGCACUGCAGCAGCUCCUCUAGCACGGUCACUCGCCACCCAGGCCGCCGCCCCUGUCCGCCCGCGGCGACUGAACCGCCGCACGGCGCGGUCCUCCCCCCAGGCCGCCCUCGCAACCCUCACCGAGCUGUACCACCUCGCGCCGACCUUUGUGCCCGCCCACGAGCCGUCCACCCUGUCGUCACACAUCACCUCGACUCUCGCCACCCCAAACGCGGCGUCGUCGCGCCCGAAACCCCACGACCUGCGCGACCUCGUCCUCGCGCAGACGCUCCUCGACGUACAGCGGGUCAAGCUCGACGCAGGCGGGUCGACGCACACGGGCAUCCUCGGCAUCGACGUCAAGCUGCCGAGCAACGCGGCCAUGUCGUACGGGCACCUCGGCGAGGACGACCAGUUUGACCACCGGGCGUCGUUCUACUCGACGUACGCCAAGGGCGCCGAGCCGCCACUCGCGCAGCGCCUGCGCAAGGUCGUCGAUGCGUUGCACGGGACGCAAGCCGGUGGACGGGCGGGCCCGGCGACGCUGAGGGAGCAAGGGGCCAAGGCGGUGCAGUGGAACGAGGGCCUCGAGCGGGCGCGGCGGGCGGCGCAGGAGCAGGAGCGCAAGAUGGACGAGGAGGCGCAGGCGUUCGCCGAUGUGUUCGAGGAGGACGAGCGGCGGGCAUAG